AAGUGAACCUGGUCAGCUUCACACUUUUGCUUCCACGUCACAACUGAAAAAGAUCUCAAAGGCAGCCAGACCAGCAUUCUUCAUGAGUGAAUACAAGAAGACAGUAACCGCCUCUGGCGCUGCGCUCCUCGACGAGCUGCCACGUCGCGUGGCGCUUGUGCAGGAGCUGGUGCAGCAGCACGCCGGUGAGCGCUCGCCAUCCAAGCUACGCACCAAGUUCGCGCAGGCGGUGCUGGCAGCUCCGGCAGCCGUGAGCUCCAACGGCGAAGUGCAGGCGCUGCUGACGGUCGUGGGGGACGAGGUGGCGCAUCUCAUGAGCGCCAUUCAGCAACUGCAGGUGUGGAUCCAACUACAAGUGCCCAAGGUCGAGGACGGCAACAAUUUCGGCGUGGAGGUGCAAAAGUACGCGUUCGUGCACCUGAAGGAGGCGCUCGAGAAGUGGCAGAAGACGUGGGACUCCUUUGCCGACUACAGCUCGGUACGUGCUACGGCUGUGGAGAAGCUUAACGCUAAGGCCAGUUCCGAGACCAGCACGACGACCACCGUCACCUCCUCGAAGGGCGGCAAGGACGGCGACGAGGAAAAGCGCGUCACUGCCACGGUGGAGAAGCAGAGCAACGCUGGCACCAAGGCUCCUGAGGACGCCAUUGCUUCCGUCGUGGAGAUCGACAUCAAGUGGUACUUCAACCUGGUACGCGCGCUCGAGGGCGUACGCGACCAAUACGCCGUCACGGAGGACGUCAUUACCAAGAACAAGGAGAAGAUCGAGCUGCCGCGCGGCAAGAAUGACCGCGCUGGGUUUAACAUGUUUUAGACGUGACAAAGACCGAAUGCAACUAGACGGCGGGUGGCUUUUAAUACGGUUAUGGCCUGUUGCGCUGAAAGCAAGACGCAAUAGUGUGUGUCGAGCAGCUUGAACUCUGGAUCGCUAGUCAACAAGCAAAGAAGGACUGAGAAACGCCACCGUUUCGUAGGGUAAUUAAGGGGUAAGAACAGCAUUGAUGCGGUGAUACCCACCUUAAAGCGUCAUUUCUACUUUACUAUUCUGGGUGCUGCUACGUAA